AUGAAAAAACUAAUUUUUCUGACAGUCUAUGUCCUCUAAAUAACAAUCAGUAGAUCAGAACUAAUCUAUAGUAAUUUUUAAGGGAGUUUUACUCCCACAAACUUUGGUAUUUAAUUGUUUUAUAUAAGAUUGGAGGAUUUACUAAAUGGAUAGUCAUGGUUAUUCUGUUAUAAAUUGUGGAUUUACAAACAUAGUAAUCAUGAACGAAUGCUUAAACUACGCCUUUAAUAGCUUAACAACAAAAACUUUUGAGCUUCCAUCACAUGAUUUAGUCAAUCUAUAAUUUAAACUUUGGAUGUAAUUGUAAAUUAUUAUUAUAGUAUAACCCGAUCUAACUAUUAAUUUUAUUUGUAUGUUGAUAACAAACUUUAGCUGCUUAUCUAAACUUCCGAAUACAGUCUUACAAACAAUUGUCCACCGUAUGGAUCAUAUGAAAUUUCAAAAAAUAUUGUUCACUCAAGUUCUUCAGUUUAAAUUACAAUGGUCUCUGAUUGGAAUUAAUGGGGCUUUUCUGAAUUUAAUUUAAAUGUAGAAAAUACUACUCAAAAUUUUUGGGAAUUAGUUUAUCAAUCCCUUAAUAAAAAAGCUUUCUCAUCCAUAUCUUUUAAUGACGGAUGGAUGUCUAACAAUAUAGUAUCUUAAUAAAUCUAAUUGUGUACAGGUAUUGAUAAUAAAUCUAUAUAGAUUUCAAUUAUUUAAAAUCACCAGGGAAUAAUUUUAUCAAAGAUUUAACUUUGAAGAAUCAUAUGAUGAUUAAUUUGAGCUUGAAAGUCUUGAUAUUCAAUAAAACUUGGUCAACAAUAGAUAUAAAAAUUGAUGACAAAUUAGUAGUGACAUAAAUUUCAAAUUUAUAAGUACUAUCUUCAGUUAUAAUAUGCAACAACUUCACAGUCAUAUCAGUAGAAAUAUCAAAUUUUGCUCAUAAUAAUGAGAACCUGAGAAUAGAGGUGGUAACUGCAGUGGAUGGCACAACUUCUUGGUUUGGAAUCAGAGAUUUUUCAUUGUUUAUUGAUAAAGAGGAAUUUUACUAUUAAUGUAACGACUUUAACAUCUAGCCAUUUGAUGGAUGCUUCUCUAAUCAAUACGAUUGUAAUUUUGGUUGUAGUAAUUGUGUAAAAGGAAUCUGCAUCAAUUGUUUAGAUGGAUGGUAUUUACACACAAAAAAUACUUGUAUUCCCAUUUGUGGUGAUAAUAUGUUAAUGUUAAAUGAGGUUUGUGAUGAUGGUAAUUCUCUCCCAUAUGAUGGUUGUCAUAAUUGCUAAUUUUCUUGCCCAUUAAAUUGCAUUUUUUGUGUUUUUGGAACUUGCUAAUAAUGUGAAUAAUCCUAUUUUUUUAUAUAAAAUAGGUGCAUAUCUGAUUAAUAGAUUAGUGAAAACUUUGUUGAACAAAUACAAACAGGUUUUUUUGAAAAUAGGAUUAAUUAUCUUGAAAAAAAUGACUUUCAAUCUGAAAACCUUUUUGAGCAAUUAGAAACUGGAUUUUUCAACAAUUGGGCUGAUUAUCUUGAAAAAAAUGGCUUUUAAUGUUAUUAAAACCUUGUUGAAAAAUUAUAAACUGGAUUUUUCAAUAAAUGGACUAAUUAUCUUGAAAAAAGUGGAGUUUAAUGUGAAAACCUUGUUAAACAAUUAGACGCUGGUUUUUUCAACAAUUGGAUUAUAUAACUUCAAAAAAGUGACUUUUAAUCUGAAAACUUUGUUGAACAAUUAGAAACUAAAUUUUUCAACAAUUGGAAUAAUUUUUUUGAAAUAAUUGGCUUUUAUUGCCAACCCAACUAUCAAUAAUAAUCAAUACUAAAAUAAUAUUAAUAGUAUAAUUUACUUCAAAAUAAUUAUUAUGGAUUAGACAUAGUUUCAAGUUUCUCUUUUUGUUAUUUUUCCGAUUAUUAAAUUAUUUAAUAUUUUUAAUAAGAUAGUUAAACAGAAUGUAAAGAAGAUUAUAAAUUUUCACCGAACAAAAGAUAAUGUACUUAAUCCUGCAAUUGCUAAGAUUUAGUUAGCCUAUAAAAUAAUAAAUGUUAUAAUUGUAUGUAAAAUUGCUCGUUAGAAUGUUUAAUGUGUAUUUAAGAAAAAUGCUAUGCUUGUCUUGAGGGAUGGCAGUUAGUUGAUAAUAAAUGUUAGCAAAUAUGUGGAGAUAAUUAAGUUGCAUUAUAUUCUAAUGAAUAAUGUGAUGAUGGUAAUCAGAUUAUUGAAGAUGGAUGUCAUGAAUGCUAAUUUUAAUGCGGAUUAUUUUGUUAAUUUUGCGAUAAGGAUAUAAACUGCCUCAUAUGUGACUUAAAUUUUUAAUUGAUAAACAAUAUAUGUCAACCAAUAUGCGGUGAUAAAAUAGUCAUUAGCGGAUUAGAGGAAUGUGAUGAUGGCAAUGAUAUCUAAUAUGAUGGUUGUUUUGAAUGCUAAUUUUAAUGUAGUUUUGAUUGUAAAGUUUGUGAAUCUGGUAAAUGCUAAGAUAAAUGUAAGGCUGAAGAAGAAUUUCUAAAUGGUUAAUGUAUUACAAAGGUUCAAACUCUUAAUCAAACUAAAGAUAAUGAACCUGAAUCAUAAUAACAAUAAGAAUUAAAAAUUGUAUGUAAGAAUAAUUGCUUAGUUUGCGAUGGAGAUCUUUGUUUAGAAUGUUAACCAGAUUAUAUUUUGGAAUAUAAUAAGUGUCUCUCAUGUGGAAAUGGAAUUAUUAAUUAAGAUGAAGAAUGCGAUGAUGGAAAUAGGAUUAAUUCUGAUGGGUGUUCAAAAUAAUGUAAAAUCGAAGAUGAUUGGAAUUGUAUCGGCUCCUUUUCUUUUAUUAGUUAAUGCUUCCCUAUUAGUAAAAUUUCUGUUCUAUUCUUAAAUUCAACUCUUAACACGCAAUACGUUAAAUUAUCUUAUACUAAAGAAGUUAAGCUAGAUUAAUAAAAUAUAAACUUUUUAGAUUUUAAUCUUAAUUAAAUUAACAUUGAUCCUACUUAUUAUAAUAUUAGUAUUUUUCCUGUAAUAGAAAUAGUCUCAAAUGAGACUCGAGAUAUCAAUUAUGAAUUAAAAAUUGAAAUUAAUAAGCAACUCUCACAAAACCCAAUUUUGGAUGUUAAGGUCGAUCUUAUUUUAUUUGAUGAAAACGAUUUACCAGUACCACCAUCAUCAUCAUAAAUUGUAUUAACCGCCCCUUUAGUUUUAAAUCAAGCAUAAGUAGAAGUUUCUCAGAAUUUCUAAAAACUUGGUUACAAUAUUAUGCUUGCAUUAGGAAGUUUCGCUAUUUUUGCAUUCCUUCUUGGUUCUCCCUAAUAAUUUUUAGAAAUCUUAGAUACAUUAUAAUUUUACUCAUAUUUGAAGUUUAUAAAUGUAGAAUAUCCAGAAAAUCUUUAGAUUUAUUUUUAGUCUUCUGAAUUGAUAUCUGUGAAUCCAAUUUUAUAAUUUUUGGGAAUUAAAGAUAAUUUUGAAGAUUAGUUAGGGGGUAAUGUAAUUUAGUGUUUUGGAAAGUUUUAUUAGUACAAAAUUAAUGCUGAUUUAAUAACUAAUAUUUAGAGUUAAUUUAUGUAGGUCAUUGUAUUCUUUUCAUUAUUUAUAAUUUUGAAAAUGUAUCUGAAGUUUUGCUUAAAAUUUUGUUUUAUUUAAAAUUUAUUUUCUUUCAUAAUUUAACGAUAGUCAAAAAUAUUAGAAUGGCUUGCAAUAAAACUAUAUUAAAUAAAUUAAUACGCAAAGAAAUAAUUAAAUUUUGACAAUAUAGAGUUUAUCAUAAGUUGUUAUUAUGCUAAUGCUUGGGAUUUAAGUUUCAAGGUUAUAUUGUAUUUAACCUUUAACUAAUAAUAAGGAAUUAGAACUAUUGCUUCUUACGUAGUUUGUUUAAUAUAUUUGAUAUUAGGGAUACUUAUUGUUUUAAGAAAUUUUAGGGGUUAAAAUAAUAAAAUUGAUAUUAAAGAAUUAAGAGAUUAAUAACAUCAAUUAAUUAUUUUAUUAAAAAAGCUUACUUUUGUGUUAAUUUUAAUUGGAAUGCAAGAUUACUCAGUAGCAUAAUCCAUAAUGCUCUCAUUUUCCACCUGUAUGUAUAUAGGGUUUAUAACGAUUAAUAAGUUUACAAAUACUAAAUUAGAGCAAAUUAAUAUUUUGUGCGUCGAGUUUCCUGUAAUAUUAUUUACAUUAAUUAAUUUAUCAUUUUGUAAAGAUUUUUAUAAUCUCUUUACUCCUGAUUAAAUAAUUACAAUUGCCUUUUUAUAAAUAGGUUGUUUAAUGUUGGGAUUCUUAGGUCCUUUAUUUAAUUGUGUUUAUCAGUUUUAUAAUAAACUUAAAUUGCUUUAUUUUAAAAUAAGACCAAAUCAAGUCAUAAUCUAGUUAUCUGUUAAGAAUAUUUUGCAAGAUGUAAAACCUUGA